AUGGUCGUCGAAAAGGGCAACAGAAUCCACGUCCCCGCCAGCGAGAUCACUAGCAAAAAGGUCACGGUCGAAUGGCAGCAGAGUCUCAAGAUGCAUUCCCAAGACUACUACUCUGUUCCUUUCUUCAACAAAGACAAAGGAGAUGAACAGAGCGUCCUCUUCAUCCAGACAAGUUAUCUUGACUCUUUCAAGAAUAAGAACAUCCGAUCCUCGGCCGGUUGGUUCAGUUACAUCUUCAGCUUUUUUUCCAGGAAUGCCGACGACGGGGAUUACACCGUCAUUGUCGAUGAUUCAUUUCAGUACGGCCAGAACUCCGACCAGACCUCCCGGUGGUUGGCGUAUCAUGACAAGGGCAUAACAGCGUUCCAAUGGCGCUACGUCGCAAGCCUUCAGUCUACUGUGGGCUCUGCAUUGGCUGGUUUUGGCGGCGGUAUUUUCAAACAGUACAGUGGCGUUGACGUCGGCAAACUCUCUGGCCUGAUCGGUGACCCUCUUCAUAACUUUUAA